AUUCUUCUUCUACGCAUUAAGAGGUUGACAAUUAACAAGUCUUUUUCUUUGAUAGUCAAAAUGUCAAAAGUUUUGAAAGUCGGUUUGCUUUUACUACUGGUGGCAGUAGCUGCCUCUGCAUAUGCCGUAGCAGAAGAAAAUGGAGCGCCAAAAGAAAACAAGCAACUUCCACAAAUUGACGACUAUGGCGUAACCAACAAAUGUCCAGCUAAUCAGCCCUUCAAGUGGAAUUGUAACUAUUGUACUUGUGGUCCAGAAGGCAAGGAUGCUUCUUGCACACGAAUGGCUUGUCCGCAACAUUAAGUUGCAAUUGAAUUGUACAAACUUGAAAAAUAAAUUUACUUAGUAUUC